AGAAUUCUUGUUCUCUUCAUUAUAUAUCUACAAAACCCCUUUAAUUUCUCCUUCUCUAAAAUCCCACAAAAUCCAUAAAUUCCAUCCAUAUCCUCAUCUCUCAUAUUCUACUUAAUUGUUAACAUGGAGGCCGGCGUGAGCAAUGAUCGGAAGGGGUCGCCGGCAGCGGCGGCGGAGGAGGAGAGUGUGAUAAUGAGAAAGUCAACGCCGCCGCCGUUUCUGGUGAAGACUUAUAAAGCAGUGGAGGAUCCGGCGACCGACGACGUGAUAUCGUGGAACGGCGACGGGACGGCGUUUGUGGUGUGGCAGACGGCGGAGUUCGCCAAGGAUGUUCUUCCUACUCUCUUCAAGCACUGCAACUUCUCUAGCUUUGUUCGCCAACUUAAUACAUACGGGUUUAGAAAGGUGGCCACGACAAGAUGGGAGUUUUGCAACAACAAAUUUCAAAAGGGUGAGAAAGAAAAGCUCUGUGAAAUACGAAGAAGGAAAGCAUGGACGUCCAACAAACAACGCGUAGCCGAAGCAUCAGAACAUCACGAGCUCGAUGAAGAUCAAAGAUCAUCCUCGUCGAACUCGUCGUCUUCGGAGUACAAUACUCUCGUGGACCAGAACAAGCGGUUGAAGGAAGAAAACGGGGCCUUAAUCUCCGAGCUCGCGAGCAUGAAAAACAAGUGUAGAGAGCUUCUUGAUUUGGUGGCUAAGUGUGGAAAAAAGAGUUCAAAGGAAGAAGAGGUAGAUGAGAGGCCAAAGCUAUUUGGAGUGAGGUUGGAGGUUGAAGGAGAGAGGGAGAGGAAGAGAAAAAGAGGAGAAAACAAUCAAGAGAUCAAUGAAACAGCAACUUUCUUGCUAUCUCAAUCAUGCAAAAUGAAGGUCAAAGAGGAGAAAGCAAUUAUUAGAUUUUAAAAAGGCUACUAAAAAAUCUAGUAGCUUAUAGAAAGAUUAUGCUUGUUAGAUGGCAAAUAGUGCAUUAUGAAGAAGUAUAGAAACAUAAUCUGUAAAAAGAUUUUAUUUGAUUUUUUUGUUUUGUUUUUGUUAUAAUUUAUAAAGACUAAUAAAGGCUAAAUGGCUAACAUGUAAAAUGGGCACAAGCUCCACUUUUCAAUUUAUAUGAUCAAUGUGGUGUUGACACGA